AUGGCUAGACUUGGUCUGAUUUGCCUCCUCCUUACUGGGUUCCUUCUGGUUUCUGCAAUGGCUGCCGACAAAUCUGAUGACUUGGGCAGAGAAACAGAGCACUCUACUUCCAUUGCGGCAGAGCCGUCCGAUACUGAGAGCAUGGAAGAAGGCGAGAUGGCGGAAGCUCCAACUUUCCGGCGUUUGGGGCCUGCUGAAAAGAAAGCUGAUAAGUCGGUGGCUGGUGGAGGGAUUAUCAUUGGCGGGCUUGUCACUACCAUUUUUGCAGCUGUGUUCUGCUACAUCAGGGUCACCAGAAAAAGGGGUGUGAUUAAUUAA